AGACGUAGAAAGAGUGGAGAGUACACACUCCUCUCUAAAACGCUCCUUGGCUUGGCCUUCAACUCGUUCAAGAAGUUAGGUACAAUUUACUGUCCGUUCAGUAGAUAAAAAACUAGUACUAGUAGUUUUAGUACUGUGACUGACUGACUGCUAUCUAUUGUGACUGACCUCAGUCCUCCAGUUUCUUCCUCGCAGCAGUGUGCAUAUACCACUGCUCCGUACCUCCACGGUGCACUCCUCCAUCACAGCGCCACUUGUUCUGAACAAAAAGCCACUACGACAAGUAGCUACUGCCACCCCAGCUGGUGCGCUGGCCCUUUGGCUGAAGACUUUGAAUUUGAUUGCUCGCGAGACACAGAGGACUCGCGAAAUGAAGCUGUCCGUUUCGUCCGCUUUCUUGGCGGUUUUCCUCCAGGCGUCCAGACACUUCUUCGCGACUGCGACUUAUCUUCAUACUUAUGGCUAAAAGUUUUAGGAUUUCAAAAAUGUACUUUCAAAAGACCAAGAAGUCUUUCUGGAAUGACCUUUGUUCUUCGUUCGCGUUCCCCGUGAAAGAUUUUGUUUUCUUGCAUACUUUUCCUUCCACACGUAAUUAUCACGCAUAAAUUGAGUCUCUACCCUGCAAAAACUACACUCUUGCACUGUCCCACCUCUCAACUACUAGGUUAACUACUACUGCCAAUACAUACUGCCACCACCUGUUCUAACAUGCGCUCGCGCAACCGAAGGGAACGUCGUCCUUAUGAAUUGGAUCUUUUUUCAAAGAGCAAUUAAUUUUGUAACUGACUUUUCGAACCAGAAUUAUGUUUAAGCAAUUACGUUACCGUUAGCGUUACCCGUGACCUAUAUUUUUUCAGUGAUAGCUACGUGGAUCAUGACGAUGUUGAGAUACAACUUCAUCGACUAUGUAUUGUCAUCCUGUUCUCGUGUUUCGAGAGUACUUGUUUAGUUAAGGAAACUAUUGAAGGCUGAUAAAUCCGCUAUCGUCUAUUAACGCAACAACAUUACUGUCAUCAUGAUCUACUUGUCCUUUCAGUUUCUUUUUUGUUGGUCAUGAUCAACUGAACAAUGGUAUUAUUUGCCAGUCGACGACAGGAGGUUUUUCAUUAUUUGCCAGGAGCCGACGGAAUUUGAAAAGCAACUACUUCUUGGAGACGAAGCGAUCUGCGACUGCAGGUGAACCAUCCUUGGAUGGCGAUAACAUGGGCAAGCCUUUCCGCAUCCGAUAUGUUCCUCCGGGUGGGGUGGCAAACGCCUCUGAGCCCCUUAAUCAUUAUGGAGGGCUCCUCACAUCGGUACUCUAUCUGUCGCCUUCCCUGGCGCCCUCUCUCCUCUCUCUCUCUCCCCCUGUGUGUGCGUUCUGAUUAUUUACUUUCCUAGUUCUUUGUAGGGCGGUUAGUUCUUUGUCCUUUGAUUAGUCGCCAUCUAGUCCAUUCGCAUCAUUAUGGAGGGCUGGUGGGUAAGGAUAACCGUCACAAGAUAUAAUAGGUAAAUCAACUGGAUAAUCAAUACGGUUUCUGCUUGUGCUGAAAAUUGAAUAAGUUUUUCGGCAACUCAUCAUAAUCCGCAUCCAUGCGCAAGAGCUGCUCUUGCGAGAUAAUUGAUUCGGUUGAGUAAGAUAGAUGAAUCAACGGAGUGGGCAGUCAGAAUAUGAAUAGGAGAAUACACGGGACGCAGACCCCUGUUGACUGAUUCUCGUACAAACGCACUUGCAGGCCUGAUAGAGCGACCACGCACACUACAUUUCGUGAAAGAGUACGCACCUCAGUACUUCCUCACCAGUCCAGUAGCACGUUGAUCUUUUCAUACUGUCUGCCGGAUACUCAACAAGAAAUUUAUGCGCCACAUCGAAGACGAUGAUGUCAAAGUCAACUUAUAUAUAUGAUAUAAUAAUGAUUAUAGAUAAGAAUGAAAAUAUUGAUAAUUUUUACAACGAACUGAUUUUUGAUUUUACAGCAUAAUGAUAAUCUAUAAUAUAAUAGAUCGGACACCUGGUCUAUGUAGGUCCUCUUUUUGUUUUUUGAAGCACAAAAAUCUUUUCGGUCUGUGUUUGUACUAGAAGAAUGUGAAGGCCUUCAAGGCCUUGAGCUCCACUCUCACCAUACUGAAUCCUUUCAAAUUAUUCACUCUGAUUGCUUAAUUCACGAACAAAGAACGUUCAGGUGCUCAUUCUCAUUUGAGAAGAUGUUUUUUCCCUUCAUUGAUAUUGUUUGUGACAAAGACGCAUCGGAUCUCCUCAGCGGAGCGGCGACCGAUCUGGACGAAAUCACGUGGGAGAUGACAGACGCAUAUCUAGUGAAUAAUCAAGAUUUCAACUCUGCAUACUGGGACUGGAGGCAUAAGGGGCAGCUGCGGUACAAGAAGGGAGGCCUUUGGCUUCAGAAUACAAACGGGACGGUCGAUGAAGACGGGGAGAGGCCGCUUAAAGUUGGGGAUCCGAUAGUAUCAACGACCCAUGCAGACAGAUCCAUGCAGAUACAAACUAGACAAGUACCCAGAACGGCAACCUCGCCACCCAGAAUGGGGGUUUUGUUACGGCUAGUGCCGGAAAAUUGCCAACAUUAGAGCUAAUUUAAUCUCCAAGAAAAUGGCUUCAUCUUCACAUAAGUAUCCAGCGCACCCUAGGUUGAGCUUUUCUCCGCGUCCGGCUCUGAAGUUAGGUAGCGGCGCGCUGAAGUUCGGUUGCUGGGUACAGUCAUGCAAAUUUUGGAGCUGAGAGGCCACUUGCGUUUCUUCCUGUCCUCGUAGCGUUAACGCCCACCACUCUGCGCGCAUCACCAUCAUCAACACCAACAUCAUCGUCAUGAACAGACUGAGUCCAUUGGCAUUGCCCAGGCUCGUUCUCAUCGAAAAAAAAUUAUAUAUGUUCCAGGGCUCAGGGCUGAAGACCCCCCCAAUCUAAAUUCUUGACGGGGGGCCCCAGCCCCGGACCCUUUCUCCGAGGGGCUGCCGGGCGAGAAGGCCUCGAAGCGCCCACCUCUGACCCCUUCCCGCUCCUCGCCUCGACCCUACAGCGCCACCAUGCCGGAGGCUGUUGAAGCACUGAAGGGCGGACUUGGAAGGCUUCCGAAUGUGGCAAAGGUGGCAAGGCUGGACCCCCUUGGCGUGUUGCUUGUACCCUCAAGGCUGGACCCCUUUGGCGUGUUGCGUGUGCCCUACAGACCUGCCGAAGGUCGCAAGGCUGGACCCCCUUGGCGUAUUGCAUGAUGUACCCUACAGACCAGGCGAAGGCGGCAGGGCGGGGCCCCCGCCUUGGCGUGUUGCGUGUACCCUACAGAGAGACCUGCCGAAGGUCGCAAGGCUGGACCCCCUUGGCGUAUUGCAUGAUGUACCCUACGGACCUGGCGAAGGCGGCAGGGCUGGGCCCCCGCCUUGGCGUGUUGCGUGUACCCUACAGACCUGGCGAAGGUGGCAAGGCUGGACCCCCUUGGCGUGUUGUGUCCUUGCAUGUAUCUGGCAGACCUUGGGGCGCCUCCUCUCUUUCGGCUCUUUUGGCCGUUCUCUUCCCCCGGGCUUAGGGCGUGGACCCCCAAAUCUUGGUAGUGUGUUGCGCCUCCGACACGGCAGCGUCGCGAGGAAGCUGCGGGCUUGUUGUUUUCGGUUCUCAGCAGAGUGGGCGAAGCACUGCGCCCGCCUUCCCCCACUGUGAUACGCUAGAGGCGAGGCCACCGCGCCACGGGUGGGCGCUUCUCGUCCCUCGUUCUGCUCUCGUCCCUCGUUCUCCUCUCCUCGCUCGUCCUGCUCUCGUCGCUCUUCCACCACUGUGCCGCACCACCACCACAGACCAUACCACAGGGGGGGGGCCUCGCUCCCUGGUACAUAUAUAGACAUUGGCGCGGUGACUGUUUUUCUAACAUAUAUUAACCUUGCGGGGGGAGGAGCCUCGAUGCGUAGCUCAUGGAGGGCGCCUGACGAGCCAAGGGCCGCUGAAUCUUCGUGGCUCUGGUUUUCGACGCCACAGUCAGAUGGAUCGCUUAAUUAAGGAUUGCCUCCUCACAUAGUUCCAUUUCGCAAGGGUUGCCCUAGCACUCUUUCGUUGCUCCCUUCUUCCUGGUGUAUGAGAGAGACAUGAUACACGAUGAAAGAUGUGAGGACAUGGAAGCCACUAAUCCAUGUGGGUGUCACCCGCAGAAUAUACGGCUGGAAAUGCUGCUAUGUUCGAGCUCAUUCCGAUUCCGCUCAAAUGCAAGUACUGUUAAGAGAAAUCCAUAUCCAUUGUUCAUGUCGCUGUCUGAGAAGUUGGUGGAUCCACCUAGAUGGUCAUGGACUUGGACGUCGCACAUCAAUCAUUUAUUACCCUAGAAGAUGAAUACGUAUACGGCGCGCCGACAACGAAUGACUCAGCCUGAUGCGUUUUUCUUUGAAGAUAUUUCCCACGUUUUUUCUUGAACCGAGCAAGGACGGCAUAUCCAUAUUCUUGUCAAACAACUUGCGAGACUUUACUUCACCCCGCUCCCUCAUUUUCACAAUGCGUGGAUCCUCUUCGCUUCCUCAUCAAGCACAAAAAUUAUACGCGCGCAUUCUCAUUGUUUCUUGCUUAGCUCUAAUAGUUGCAGGGAGCAUGCCCAGCCGGCAAAAUGGUGAAUCGCAACACAGUGUGCGGUACUGCGAAUGACGUCAAUGCGUGCGAUGUUGCGACUUGCUGCGAAGAUGGUACAACGCCAGAACCGAACGAAGUGUAUACAAUUAUGCUCAUCAAAGUACAUUCUUAAUCAUCCGGCAGUGCUUGUUGCUGGCACAUUUUGAUUUGUCUUUUCGGAAAUCACGAUACAAUGAAAAUAUGCGACAUCAUGAUGUAGACCGACACCAAGCAGAGAUCUGUAUAGCGUCAAUACUGUAGCUGAAGUGGCGAGCUAACCGUAUUUCGGUUUUAUUACAGCUAGGCGGACUUCUUGUUCUCACUUGUUAAAUCAACUAGAAUAGGUACUAUCGUACAGCUGGAACUGUACAAAGGAUAGUACAAUGUGACCAUACUUUAAGUAAGAGUACCCAAUUAAUGCCUGUAAUUCUUGGCUCUUAUCUCCUGCUUACCCGUUAUUGUUCUCACUUUCUGUUGUGGUUGUGCAAGCAGCAAGUAGAAAAAAAGUGAAUUUCCGUUUGUCCUUGAAUGGUCUAAGAUUUUCCGUUACGUUCACUCAGACUCGGGGGCAGCAGCCGCAGGAGCAGGGUUUAACGCAACCGAUGUGUGUGGAUCGAACCCGGUUAUGGCGCCAAGUCAAAGAACUAGCUCUUUCUUAUCAACCACUUAGUGUGCAGCAUUUUUCCUCCUCCUAGACCGACGGACCUAGAACAAACACCUAAAUGUGAUUUACCAGUCAACAGCAACAGCUUGCGUGUGUACUCGCGCAUUAGCCUCGGUUACUAACUAGUAGCCAUGAUAUUGUACCUAUGUCUUGGCCUUACACUGAAAAAAGUACCGAGUCACCAAAUAGAUCAUGUUCAUUAUUUCUGUGACCUUCAAGUAGGUAAUUAAGUAUUCAAUUCUUUGUGGAAAUGUUCAUUUUUCCUAGGAGUUAUGCUUAUGGACGAAGCUACUGUCCUCGAGCUCGCUGAUGAAAUACUUAUGACAGAAAAAUAAGCACUAGCCGGAGAAAUUUGCACAGUACCUCGAUGCCAUUUGAGGCCGAGGGCUUUGCCUAUCCCUAUAGCCGUGCAGGUAAUAUGGACCAAGGAAACAACCAAGCGGAAACCCCCUGGCGCGCCUGGGAGUCCGCAAGCAGCGCAGGGAGCCACGCUAGGGAAGGGCCCGAGGUGCCUCUUCUGUGUACUUAUUUGACGCUGGUGGCGCUGCCUGCUCCUGGUUAAAGAUGGGCGGCGCUUUUUCUAAAAUGUGUCGCUACGUACGGGGUUGCCAGAUGUCGACAGGAGGCGCCGGCAUCUGGUGUUGUGCGACCCAUUUUGCGGGGCGCAAAAUGAGCCAGAAGCCAAGGCACUGAAGCUUAAAAACGUGCCUGGCAGCUUUGCAGCCACAGGGCUAGGAAAUAGGUCGCGCCCAAACACUGAUCGCCGAAACCCACUAGAAACCGGCCCAAAAAAGUGUCCCGCACUUGGUCGCGAUAGGUGUCGCGAAAAGUGACACCUGGAACACUUCUGGCGAGGCCGCCGGGCCCAGCCACCCAGAAGCCAAGCUCGCACCAAUUUGGCCCAAAGUCAGCUACCCUCGUCGGGGGCUUUGUAGCUGAACAGCAACGCCCACGGCACAGCUUGAAGCAUCACCCUGAAACACCAUCAGCGAAAGCGCAAAACACCGGAGCCCCCGGGGCUGCUGUCAUGGCAGCCACUGGCAGCUCAUGCGACUAUUAGCACCAGCCUAAUGCGUCCUCCCCUGGUCGGUGGCCUUAGGCGACGGCCGAGCUUACAAAAUUCUACGACUACUACUUAUUUUUCUCUCAUACAUAGUAUUGACAUUUACAGACAAGAAACAUGUUAGCCAUAGUCGUGAUGUCUCUCUCAUUUGAUCUUAUGCAGAGCCGCGAUUGUAUUGCCGCAAUGCUGCAGAUGCCUUUACCAGGGGUGCUGCGGACUAUCAGUGGAUGACAAAGACCGGCUUAUACGACCACUCGCCUUCCAUCCGCUUCGAAAUGUAUGGUGGGAUCUAUUAUUUGUAUGUAAAAGCAUGACUACUCGUAUGAUGUGGUAAAACUCGUUAUCAGGAAGAAGCUCCGAAUGAGAUGAAAGAGUAAACUGGAAGCAACACGCACGUUCUUCGAAGGACGUGACCCUUGCUAAAAGACGCACAACAUCUUCAAGAACUGGUCCUUAUUAGCUUCAUCAAUUCUGAAAGUCCACUGUCCUAGGCAACUUGAGCUGACUGGUGGGAAGGGACAUUGUAUAAGUAUAAUCAAUAUCAGCUACAAGAACCACGAGUAAAUUACUAAUUAUACAAUAUGCUGACUCAGAGACUUGACUGAAGUCCUCUCUACAUUCUUACUCCUUCGAAAUACUGACCUUGAAAAGUCCUAGGCUCAUCUUAUUAUACAAUCAGACCUAUACAACUCGAUGCAGAGCAAGAAAAUAACCAAGUAUGUAAACAAAGCACUCUUCGCAUUUGGCCAUGCCUCUAAUGAUGGCUGGACCCGGCUGGUGGCAACAUCACCCGGAAAGUGAUCAGGAAUGGUGAGGACACGGCCCGUCUGUCUAUCCUCGGAGCUAGCCAGGCAUGCUCCGAACUGGCUGAGGGUUGCGAUGAUGCAGGAGAAAUUAUGACUCGUCGCCUCGAGUAACUAACUAUACACAUGAUGCGGUAUAACACAAUUGCACGACUGCAUUUGCUUCUUGACGGUCAGGGUCAGACUUACUUUGAUAUAAUAUAUCUCUAUCGGUCGCUGCUGGAGCAAAUUUGUUGCUUUUUGAAUGUAUGUAUGUCAUUUACUUAGUAGAUAUCGGAAUUCUUAUACUCAUCUAAUCAUCUACAUCUUAUUCUUAAUCAUGUGGCUUCCGUUAUUUCUUAUUCAUUCCCGUGUCCCAGAGAUGAUCAACAUUUAUUGCACUUUGAUGAAUCUCCAGUGGUGUAAGUAGUGGAACGGGAGGCCAGGGUAAGGGUAUGCGUUUUCCUCGUUGAAUCAUUUUGGCCUGUUCAUGUGCGCAAUCGAUUGGUGCUUUUCGCCGAAGGGAGCGGCAGAAACCGGCGAGGGAAUCUACGUCUACCGAUGUGGCAUGGAAGGAAGCUUAUGUCACCUAUAAAAAUUAACCAAUCUAGUUGGUGUUGGCUCCUAAUCUUUUCUAAAUACGCACGCGGGACAAUGUAAGUGUCUCACCCACCGAAAAAAUGAAACGAGUACUAGAAAUAUUCACAAGUUCAAGCUUGCUUAGCAAGCAAGCCACCAGAGCCCUUGCUCCACACAUGGCGUUAACGGUUUUACAGUUUGCACAACAGUUUGCAUUCUAUUCUAUCCUAUUUUGCUCGGCUGCCUAUUUCAUAAACUAAGAAAACAAAUGUAUGACCCUAUUGUAGUUAUUCUUGUAGUUAUACUAUUUAGUAUUCCAUGAUAGUUUAAGAUUAAGUAGAUUCAUAAUCAAAAAUAUGGUUAUGGACAUUCCUCAACUUUGGGAAUGUAAUUGAGAGACAGCGUUUGAUUCCUAGCAUCAGUUUUUUUAGAACAGCGGACAGUCAGAACAAUGGGUCUUCUGGCUGUGAUCCCCUGGCUUUCCGUGAGCGUGAAGUUCAUCUCGCAAUAGUAUCGUGAUGUGGUGAAGUUCAUGUGUGUGUGUGUGUGUGUGUGUGUCUACGUACAUAACCGAAGCAAAUUUCUACUUCCCUUCAUGCUCGAGCUAUUGGAAUGUGGAUAAGGCGAGCACGAAUGCGAAGGAUUUGAGCAUAUACUCCUCAGGGUCUUACGAGAACGCUGGCCGCUUCAUCUUCGCAAAGGUAGCAACGACCACAUCGACCUCAACGACGACAACUCGAACGCAGACAACCACAACGCUAUGUAGACAUGAGAUAUUCUUAUCCAAGGACAAGGCAACAAUACUGCACCAAACGAAUCGUUACCAUAUCAGAACACGCCUAAUUUUAGACCUCGAGCAGUAAGGUCAAGGUGGUUCUUAACUGAUAGCAAAGGCAAACCGAUAUCAGGAAUAAUUAACUAAUUUCAAUUUGCUCAGGGUGGAGCGCAGUAUUAGGAUUAGCAUCAACAUGCGAAAGCUCACGCGACAACAAAAGGAGUAGGGAUCUGCGCCGCCUUCUCGGGGUCGGUCCAUGUGUCCAGGGGGACUCGCUUUGCGUGAUCUCUAGCCUAACCACCUGACCUAGGACCUUUUCGUUGUUAUCGGAGUCCAUGCUUAACCAUAGCAAAGGCCCAGAGCCGUUCCUUUGCGUUGGUCAGUCUUCCGCACUGCACUCCGCGAGUGGGUGAUAGUGGUACGCGUCAGACCAUUCGAAACGGCUCAUGCUCAGGCCCUACCGGCAUAGUUUGUCAUUCAUAGCUCCCGCGCGCGUCGGUCUGGCUGCGGGCGCAUGCUCGUGGCUCUCUGGUGGUCCACUACUGUCCUCGCCGUCGGCGGAGACUGACCUGCCGGGGCUAAGCGCAAAAAGCGCCCAGCAAAGUCGUGGCCGUGUGCGUCUGUCGGGUACUCUCCCCUGCCCAAAGAAGCCGGCGCAGCCAGCCCAAAAGGGCUCCAGCAGAAGGAAUAGGCGAAGACAUGAGCCAGCCGAAAGAAACGCGGCCCGCCGAAUCGGGCCGCGCGGUCUCCUUAAGGGAUAAGCGUCGAGAGCCAGCGGAGGGCGCAAGCCCAUGCCUGAGGCGCCUCCGCAUCGUCAGGAGGUGCGUUUACCCGGGGCGGCCCCACAGGGCCAGCGCGCGGGCGAAGUGGGGGGCCACCCCAUUUGCCCUCGAAGAGUACAGACUAGAACCGAUCUGCCACGGCCACGGCGGCUGCCACCGAGGGCCGCGUUGUUUCUUAUAUCGACCCGCGCUUGAAUGUUGGUCUUUGGUGCAAAGAGCCGCGGCCCGCUCCGCACGGCCCAACUGUCUUUCGCGGGCCUGGCGGUGGGCCUCCCCGCACCGUCUUCGAGCUCCUCGGGCGCUGGCUGCAUCUAGAGCAGGCUUGGCCGCUGCAAGCUCGAGAUGAGCAGCAGCGGCGGCGGGUGGGGGGGGCGCUCUUGCCUGCUUGUCGGAACUUGAUGAGUCGCCGGGCGGAAUCACUUCGACUCACCUCGACAGCUGUUGGCUCACCAAGUUGCCCCGCGCUGGUGGGUAGUUUGCCUCGCAGAGACCGAAGGGGACGCAAGGGUGCGGGCGCCCCCCGUUUCUCUUUCAAUGAUUGCGAAGCAAGCAGGGGAGCCUGUCAAAAGUCCACUCUAAUAGACAACCCGUCAGAGGCAGAAGCGGACCUGAGUAGCGCUUUCACAGAAUACUCCGGGAAGAACUGCGGUCUGUCGGAUGAUCCAGCAACCUAUCAGUUAAGCCCCCAUGUUCUUGUUGUUAUUCUUGGUAAUGAAUUGCUUAGGGUCGGGCUUGUCUCCAUGGUAUUGAAUAAGAGGGACACUCAAUUUUCAAGUAUCAAAAUACUCGUGGUAGGAGGACUUGGGGGGCCAGGGGAAAUAGGAUAGAGUCUGACUUGAGGGAGAUUGAUAGAUAAAACGCAAGAAAUCAGGAACGAGGUGAAAAAAUGAUUUGAAGCAAGUAUCAAGUCGAGCCCCAAAUACCUCGAGAAAUGAGACUUUCAGAAUUUGUGCCAGCUGUCAAAAUAGGAGUAGUUGCAAUUAUUCCUAUUGUUCAGAAAGCUUUUUUACUUGCAACACUUUUUUGAAGCAGGACCGUCAAGUUCUUGAAGUUGAUCUUGACGGUGAAAAUAAAUGAUAUUUCUGGUAUAGUAGAAGAUAGUCAUGACCUCGUAUGCUACGUAGAAGCGAUCUCUCAGGAUUUGGAGAGAGGAGCUCUAAUAAAGCCUGGUGGCAAUGCGACAACCAACCUGGUCGUGCUCUACUCAGCUGGGGAUACGGAGACGCUUCAUAUUUUACGAAACUCGGUACAUAGCAGGUUCACCUUUGAAAGUGCUCCCGCUCUCCACAAAUUCUAGUGCUACUGAGGGAAGAUGUAACAAGGUUUACUCCCUCUACGAAAGGCAAACUUGAAUUUGUGAUUCCUAUUCUGCCUGAAUGUGCCGUAGCGCUGUCUGAACUUGUUAAAUAGCUAAGCGAAUUUCUGUAGAAGUAAGUGGAUUCACGUAUACUUUUUUGUAUACGUCUUAGGGCAUCGGCUUCCUUUCAUACUUGGCGAAGUGCGUGAGGAAGUGCGCCUCGUUUGUGUCGGAUGGCAACAGGGGCUGCGGCGGCUUCGUUUAUUAUGAAAGCACAAUAAGAUAAUAAUUAUAGAAAUGAAUUUAGCAGCACUGGUUCAAAAACUUCUUUUGAAUUUGAUAAGAAACAGAAUUGUACGCUUCGGCCAUCGUCUGCAGUUACUUGAAAAAUGCUGGUUGGGUUUCAUCGGUCAAACUCUUCGCUGAGUUCCUUUGAGUAGUUUAGCUCUUCGCUGCGUACUGGGGUAGUAGAGUACUAGUAAAAAGUGCACCCUUGUUACAUUUGUCUAAGGAAAUGAAAAGCAAGCAGUGACCGAUACGGCUGCCAAGCUGAGUGGCAUCCAAGGCUCCUGCAUCCUGCGACAAGGCCCGGUGGACAUGGACGCAUGUGUCGAUGAAUCAAAGGCGACAUUCUAUCUUAUGACAAACUUACAUACGCUCCUAGUCUCAGUCUUCUAAGUCUGAAUAGUCAUAGCAGCUAAGCCAGUCGAUAAACAAUAACUAUACUCAGAUGAGAGGACAGCACGUGCUUGCAGUUCCAUUAGUACGUCUCCACCUCUCUGCCUCUCCUGACCGAGUUGAAUAAGAUGAAAGUCAGGACGAGCAACAUCUUUUAUCGGAAGGGUAACGAUAAUUUUUUUUCUUUGGUGUUUACCUAGUUACUUAGGCUGGCUCCACUACUGUAUAGUUUUACGAAGAAAUUUUUACUACUUUUGGAUGUAUGAGAACUAUCUGGAUUCUAGAUCCCGCAGCAAGUGCUAGAAGACCUCUAAUAACCUUCGAAAGGCGGCGCAGGUGGUCACGCGUAUUGGCGGAGACUCAUCGUCAGACGCUGGCUCAUCGUCAGACGAUGGCUCAUCGUAGAGGUAGACGGUGUGUCUCUGCCUGAUCUCUAAGGAGAUAAGAAGUCCACCAAUUGAGGGGAAAAGUGGACAUUAGUAGUCCACGAAUUGAGGAUGUCCUGUCUAUACACGCGUAGUUUCAGAAGAUCAAGAAAUAGAGUGAAUAUGGAUCAUGAUCUUAGCAGUACUAUGUUUAAGCAAGUUGUAGUUCGGGCUCUAUCUAGGUAGUGCUUUUUAUGAAAAUCUGAAGAUUAUAAUGUAGUAGCGAUUUUGGUUUCUCGGGUUGUAUCCCUGAAAGUUAUCAUGUCUUUUUCGUGUUCUUGCGUUUCAAAUUCAAUUUUUUUUCGACUAUAAUUCAAGGAUUUAUCACAAAGAUUAAUUCGUUUUCUUCCUUUUUCUCUUCAACUCGAUUCUCUACCAUGUUUUCAUCAAAAUAUGUUUCUCGUGAAAAAAAGAAAUGACUUGUUUUCAAGAAAAAUAUUAUGAUUAAGGUGAACGAGAUCAAGGUUAGUACUAUCACUUCAUAGACGUCAUCGGCCAAGCCGAUACACUACACACACGAGAAAGUCAAAAGGAAAUUUCUGCCGAUUCGGCGCUUGAGGCGCAGGGCUGAGGCAGGAGCCCAAUCUGAAUCUGAGUCCAACAACUGAGAAGCAAGCAACUUCAUAUGUGUAAGUAGUUUUUGUUGAUUAGUUUCGUUCGUAGCAGUCGCCUCGUAGAAGUCCGUCUUCUACCUUUCCUUGAACAGAUGAAAAAAUUGUUUCGAUCCACAUAUUAGAACACCAUCUUGCAUAGGAUCAUAAAGUGAGUCCAACACGUUGGUUGCCAUGACUAGAACACCUCGUAGAUGUGACUAGUACAACACUAGUGCAACAACUACAGAAGAUGUACUAGUAACUAGUUAAUAGUCAUGCUAUCAUUUUCUGACUUCUUGUGGGGUUUCUUAUGUUACACUCGAGCAAUGAACACUUGUGACAAACUCCAGUUUCGGAGCAUCAGCAUAUUUCGUGAUGACUGAUUGUAAAACACACAACAAAUCAACUUGUACCUACUAAAUCGAAUUCAUACACAUGCAGUUUUAUAAGUACGUGAUUUCGUUGUAACUUGCAGCAGCGAGGC